AUGGCUCCCAGAAGCGCUCUCUUAGCCAUCGCCGCCUUGGCUGCAGGAGCUCAAGCCCAGAGCACUGGGGAGGCUGAUAUUUACAGCGUUAACCAAUGCCCGCCCGACGCCAACAAUCUUGAGGCCUACAACUUGGAAUUGAGCUGGGCCACAAGCAGUGAUGGCAAGGGUAGCGAGUAUACUGGCUGCCAAUCCACCAGCAUCGAUCUUCCUGACUGGCCCACGACGGAUAAUGGCAAGUACGAAGUCUGGGUUGAUACAUCCUCAUUUGGCGAAGGUUGUAGCAUGUUGUUCUACAACCUCCUUGACUCUAAUGAAGAGAGUAACAAUUGGCCUUGCCGUUCAUUAUAUCGUCAGGUCCAGAAGUCGGGAACACCAUGCGGUGACCUGGAACUUACCAAGCAAUUUGGCUACGCGUGA